GUGGUUUCGUUGAUAGAGUUCAACAACAUGCGAGUAACCGUUUGGGAACUGGUGUGGACGCCGUCUCAAGUUGCUGGGUCCGUCUGUCCCAUCCUAGGCAGCUCUCCCCUGCCGACUCUGAAGCACUGCAGAACCAGUUCUUCCAUUGAUUUGAGGUCCACGACUGUUCGCUGGAACCUGACUCAAUUGUCGGCCGCAACACUGUUGAAGUACUGGGCUGCCGUUUCAGCGUGUCUUCUUCGCGGAGUACGCUACAACAACGCGCAUCUCUCCAAGAUCCCCCCAUAUUUUUAGCUUUUCGCUACUGUCUUCGGCGUUCGCGGGCGGCCUAUGUGUGGAACUCCCUCACCCCUCCGCGACGUUGAAGCCAACGCUCCCGCACUUCGCAA